UUGUGAAACAAGGAAGCAGUCUACUUGAGAACCUUUGAGGAAGUGUGGGGAGCUGGAGUGGAGUUGGCCCAAUGCUCUGUAGAGUUUAGCUCCGCGGUGGUCAUGCUGCUGUCCGGCCGAGCCUGGCUGCUGCUCUGCGGACUCUACAACCACUGCGCCGCUCUGAGACACAGUGAGUUCGCCCCACCCACAGUCAACAUCAGCCUGGACGAGCAGCCCGAGGUGCGCUGGAAGCCCCUGAGCCUGUCCUUUGACCCGGACUACCUCAAAAACGCGUCUGCACAAGUGAUUGACUCCACAGUUCCCAGAUGGGUGCACCAGGCAGUUAAACCCAUUGUACUGGCACUGGAGAAGUACAUUCCUCAGCCAUAUGCGGGGGAGAUCCGGGGCAUUGCUGAACAUGUUGGAGGAAGUCUUUCGGAUGCUAUAAUUCUCAAUUUUGCCUAUGAAGUAUCUGCAUUUUGUACAAGUAUUGUAACUCAGGACCAAAAUGGGAAUGUGUACCACGGCAGAAAUCUUGACUAUCCACAUCCAGUCCUCAGAAACCUCACCAUCAAUGUCAAUUUUUUCAAGAAAGGAAAGGUUGCAUACCAAGGCACAUCAUUUGCAGGUUAUGUUGGCCUAUGGACUGGCCAAAGCCCAAAUAAAUUCAGUGUGUCUGGUGACCAGCGAGGUAGUGAGCACUGGUGGAACUGGUGGAAGAACUGGGUGUCAGCGUUUCUGUUUCGAAGGUCUCCUGUCAGCUGGUUGAUGAGGGAGACUCUGGAAAAUGCUGAAGACUUUCUGGAUGCAGUGAGCCGCCUCUCUAAAGUCCCUAUCAUUACUGGGGUGUACUACAUAGUAGGCGGUGUGCAAGCAGGUGAGGGAAUGGUCAUCACCAGAGAUCGCACUGGCCCAGCAGACUUAUGGCCCCUAGAGCCCGUCACUGGAGGAUGGUACAGAGUGGAAACAAAUUAUGACCAUUGGCAGCCUCCUCCAAAAAGAGAUUAUCGAAGGAUAGUGGCCAGUAAAGCCUUAAAUGCAACUGGACAAGAUCAUAUCAACAUGGAUACUCUUUAUCAGGUUUUGUCACUGUUCCCCGUGUGCAAUGGUAUAACUGUCUAUACAACCAUUAUGAGUGCAGCAGCACCAGAAAAAUACAACACACUGGUCAGACCACAGGGCUGUUUGCCGGAAGACCAAGAUUUAAUAGACUACUGAAUUGACCACACCAACAACGGCAUUUGAAGAGAAAGCACUUUACAAGUGUCUUGUUCUUUUAGAGAGGUGUUUAAUUCCAGUGGCUGCAGUAGUUACACAAUUGGAUUACUCUUGGUAUUUGUGUCAUUACAUACUUGUAAUCAUUUAGCUGCUUUGAUUAAAAGAGGCUAAAUUCUUGCCUUUUGGAAUGAAAGGUUUAAUCACCAGUUACCAUUAUUGUAAGUGCUUUGGGGAUGACAAUUAAAACAUUUACAAAUGUAUUGUUUCCAGAUACAGGACAGCCCAGGUCGAUGGUUAAAAUAUCUGAGUAGGCAUUUCUCAUACUAACUAUAGGCUUAAUGGUACUAUGUUUAAAAUAAAAUAUUAAAUGUGAAUUCUGAAUAUUUAA